UGCGAUUGGCUCAGAUUUCGGCAGCUCUUCCGGAAACCAAACCGUACAAACGCAGCUGAUUUCUCGUAAUAACAAUAACAUUUAUUUAGCUUUUUAAUACUGCUCCUGAAACUGAUUAUGCCUGUUUCGAAGGUUUUAUUCCUGCUACUUUUUGCUUCUGUGACUGGAGGCCUGGCCAGGUUCGUUACCCAGCCGGAUGACGAUGGCGUCGGUUUGCAGUCGAGCGAAAACAGCUGCAAUGACUGCACCCAGCUCCUGGAGUUCUUCACCAACAUGCAUCCCAGCAGUGGCACUCAGGAGCUCAUGAAAGACGCCCUUGCAGCCCUGUGCCAGUCACUCCCCGAGGAUGAUGCCAAAUCCCUCUGUCUGCAUAACAUGGACAAGAACAUGCCUCUGACUGUUCGCUUCCUGACCCGCGUCCUGAAUCCUGGCCAAGUGUGUGCGGCCCUGGGCCUGUGCAACACCCAAUCAGAGGCUGCCAAACAGGAGAUUCUGACCAAUAGCAUCGUUGCCGGUGUGGCCAGUGGGAUUUCAGAGAAAGAUGGCACUCUAGAAGUGCAGAUCUCUCCUGAGUGUACCUUCUGUGUUUUUAUAAUCAAGAAAAUAGAAAGCCUGUUGCCUAAGGAAAGAACUGAGGACGCUGUGAUGAAGGUUAUGGGCGAGGUGUGUGACCUCCUGCCUUCCAGUUAUAAGGAUGAGUGUGACAAUUUUGUCAACAAGUAUGGGAAAGACGCAGUCGAGUUCUUGCUAUCCUACGCCGCGCCCCAUACCAUCUGCACCUUGCUGCAUCUCUGCCUGUUCCUGGAGAGGCCUGUUCUGGAUGAGACCAUCCCCUCCGACUGUGACACUUGUCGGACGCUGGCGGCCCUCACCCGGGUCCAGCUCGGGUCCAAUGCUACUGAGACCGAGACCUCUGGUUUCCUUGGGUCCAUCUGCCUGCUGUACCCUCAGGCCAUCCCUAAGUGUGAGCUGUUCAUCCAGCGCUAUGGCCCAGUCCUGCAGGGGGUUCUGGGAAAGGAGGGGAGCACCCUGGAUAACUGUGGGCGUGCAGACCUGUGUGUCAGUGUAAGAAGGGUGGAGCCUUUGGGGGGUAACCACUGUACCUGGGGAAACAACUACAGGUGCAGAGAUGAGAAAAUAGCACAGGAAUGCAAUAGUGUGGCUUUCUGCCAGAAAUACAUCUGGAAGUAGACUGGACUGCAGCAUCAGCUUCAUGACUGGACUUCAAGCCGUCUGAUUGGGUCAUGAGCCUAUUACUUUUGCACUGACUAAUUUGUGCUGUUUUUGUGUUGGACUGUUACCUGGAUCAUGGCUUCAUGUUGUUUAGUGAAAUGUAUAGAUUGUGCCCGUACUCUGGCUAUGACAGCUGACUGUGAUUGAGUUGAGCACUCUGAAGUUUGUCCUACUGCUUUUAAACAAAUCGUUUUGUGGAAGUGUGUAAUAAAGGGUGGAGGUGUUUUUAUAUAUAACUUUGUCCCUCUGCCUCUAUAUUGCUUGGGCUUCUUAAAGUAGGAUCAGUAAAAUGAAAUCAUUGAUUGGAAAAAAAGUAGCUGAAGGCAAACAUUAAACAUGAUGAGUUUAUUUACACACUUCAGGCAUACAAUAUUUAAAAAAAAAAAAAAUUACAAUUUUUUUUUUAAAAAACAAUCCAAGACUGUAGAGAACACAUUUAGCUCCUCGUGCAAGAGAGAUGGGGAAACUCCCUCUCAUGAAGGAAGGUCCCAGGCUUCACUCCCCCUCCCUCCAGAGAGGCAUCAGGCCCCUGUGCGGUUAGCAGCGUCGUCCUCCGGGUCUCUCAUCUUCCAAAUCUUAAAAAAAAAGGCAUUUGAUAAAGCGCCUUGGGGAGGUGGCUGGUAUGAUGCACAAGCAAAUCUAUAGGCUAAUUUGCUAGAAGCAGUACAUUCCCCCCACCUUCAGCCAUAACAGCAGGACAGUAUUUAAUGUCACAGUAUAGCUGUACCCCCCAUUAAUUCAUUUUUACACAAGCUUGUUUGCACUAUUGUCAUUAUACAUUUUCUUCUUUACUGCUGUAAUACAAAUGAAUUUCCCCCUCCAGUCAAUAAAUAAUGGAAACGAUA